AUGGUGCAAAUCGUCGAUAGAGCCAUUAACAGGAUUGGGCCGGUCUUUAUCGCCAUUGCACUGGUGCUAUUGGCCAUGUGUGUCUUCUGCUACUACCUAGUGGUCUUCCCUUACACCCAUCGGUGGUCCGAUGCUGGAUUCUUGGGGAAAAUCUACAUUGCUACUAUGUUAGCAUGGAGUGCCUACAUGGUGUAUUGUAUUUUCUUUCACUACUACAUGGCUAUCGUCACAUCGCCAGGCAAUGUAUUGGAUCGCCCUGGUAUGGAUCCACGACUCAGAGCUGAUGAAUCAGAUCCAGCCAUUGCUGAAUCUCACCAACAGGAGGAUACCGAAACGUCCAUCAGAGAGGUUUUGUUAGAACUGGAAGAAUACUCUGUCUACCCAAAGACUUGUAAAAAGUGUCAUCUACCAAAGCCAGAGCGGGCUCAUCAUUGUAGUAUUUGCAACUCGUGUGUCCUCAAGUUUGAUCACCACUGCCCAUGGAUCCACAACUGCGUUGGACACAACAAUCACAGAUACUUUGUCCUAUUUAUGACCUAUUUGGUUGUGUCGGCAACCUAUUUUGCCUUAGCUGCCUGGCGUCCUUUCAUCAUCGCCUUGGAUUUCAUCAAUACGGAAUGGCCAUAUUACUAUCCUAGACCGCUUGUGGCCUUUUCCUAUAUUUUGGCCAUAUGUAUGGGCGUAGCCAUCGCCGCCUUAUGUGCUUGGCAUUAUUAUCUGCUUUUGACUGGACAAACCACUGUGGAAUUUUACAACAAUCAGUAUGAAAAGGGCUUGCACAAGACCCAAGGAGAGAUAUUUGUAAAUAUGUAUGACUUUGGUGUCAAGGAGAACUUCAAAAUUUUCUUCAACAUCUCCGACAAAAAUCCAUGGUAUAGCGUGCUGAUCCCCGUGCCCGUCCCUCCCAAAGGCAGUGGGCGAAUUUUUGAAAAGUGUCAGGAAUUCAGCCUGUUGCCAACCAACAGACAACAUCAAUAUUUCCAGGUGCAAGCAGAGUAUUCUGACAUUGAGGAUGGAGUUAAAGACGUGUAG